AUGGCAGGCAGGGAAGAGACACCAAAAGAGAUCCACCCGCAGCGUCUGUUAGCAGCAGCAUCACUCCAGUUCCCGUCUCAGAGGAAAGAAAAGCCACUGCUUGCCGUAGCCUCGGAGGAGUCCCAUUCUUACUCGGACUGUUCCAGUCCUGCUGAUGUCACACAAAGAAAGGAUACAUCUCCCCUUUCCACCAAUAUUCUUGCUGCAGCUCCGCUACCCUGUCCACCUUUCAAGAAGCCACUCCUGGACGGAUGGGAUCAGCCAAUGGACAGCGCUUGUGACAAGCGAGUGGAGGAGCAAGAUGAAGAUAGCCAGAUUCCCCAUGACCACCGUUGUGCUGCUCUUACCAGUGACAUCUGUGAAAUACUUCUGGCAGAGCUGCCCUACCAAGACUGUAUGAGCACUGUGGCAGCAUUCAUAUUGGAGAGAGAGGUCGCUGGUGGACAGAGCCCCUGUGGGGAGACAUAUGAGCUGGUUGCCCUGGGAACAGGAGACGUUUGCUUUGAGGGCUGGAUGGAGUUCAGUGGCAGAGUCCUCCAUGAUAUGCACGGGCUGGUGGUGGCCCGCAGGGCACUGAUGAGGUACUUCUACAAGCAGUUGCUUAUGUUCUGCAGCAACGACCCUGCAGCCAUUGAGAGAUGUAUCUUCUGCCUCACAGAGGAUGGAGUGCACCUGGCUUUGAAACCAAAAUUCUUUCUGCAUCUCUAUCUGAGCCGCAGGCCCAGUGGAGCUUUGGAGAACUUCCAUGUGACGUCACAGCCGCAUCCAUCUGUCGAACCCCACGUCAGUGUGAAAGGCAUGUUGAGGCCGGUGGCCUACUGUCGUCCCAGCACGCUGGCCACCCAUGUCUGCUGCGUGUCCGGCAGUGACAAGCUCACCCGCUGGACCGUCUUGGGUGUUCAGGGGGCCCUCCUGAGCCAUAUCAUCCACCCUGUCUACAUCACCAGCAUUGUCCUGGCUGACCCAUACCAAGACGAUGCCAUCCUCCACCAGGUCAUUAAUGACCGGUUGCAGCUAGCCGAGGAAGGCUUGCCGAAGCCCUACUGUCAGAAUCCUGUGCACCUCUUUGAAGGCCCCAGCGUUGCCUCUCUCAGCGUGCCGCCCAAGUGUCACUCCUUAAGCCUCAACUGGUGUGGUGGAGAUGAAGCCCUGGAGCUUGUGAAUGGGGCUUUCGGGAAGGCAGCAAGAGACAUUGUGAGCCCGGAAGGACUGUAUCGCCCCAGCCGGCUUUGCAAGGCUGCAAUGCUGAAGUCCUUCAGGAAAGUGGCGAAGGGGAUGAACAGAGAGGAUCUGCCCAUACUGGCCACUUACCACGAAGCCAAAGUUCAAGCAGAGGCCUAUCAGAAGGUCAAGCAGCAGGUGUAUGCCCAGCUGAGCUUGCAAGAUUUUGGCAGAUGGUCCCAAAAAAGGCUUGUGGACAUGUUUGCCAGCUAAGCUGCUGCUAGCAGGUUAAAGACCUUCCAGGCUUUAGAGGAAUAAAGAACAGAGGCUGUUUGCUCAGGCGAGUGAAGUUCUUGAAUCUUGUUGCCUUCUCUGGGAAGAUGGGGCUAGAAGUUUUAAAAUAAUUUGUUUCCAUAAUGUCUCUUCAGAAGGGCUGUUCCCUGUGUUGCAGUAGGAAGUGUGUGGGGGGGGGUUAAGUUAUCACAGGUAUUUAAGUUUGUAUAUGGGGAAGCUUGUGGGUUCCUCCUUUUUGUUUGUGCCCCCAUCAUUUAACGCACACACAAUGGUAUGAGAAAGAUACUCGGUGGAAGCUAGCACACCUCUGAAGAUCUUUUUUUUUUAAUGCACAUUUUAAUCUCUUAGGACAUGCAAAGAGCAAAAGUCUCCAAGUUUUGUUACUGAGGGUUAGAUUUUUGCCUUUUUUAAUCUUAAGGAACGGUUUUAAGUUUUUCCUCUUUGCACUUAGAUGUUUUCUUUGCUUAACAGUUAAUGGAAGAGCCAGUUAAGCCGUCCAGGCCUGCCAAACUAAGCUGCCAUAUGACCUUUUUCUUUCCCAGCUGUUUAGCUUUCAGUGCUCCCAUUCUGUUUCUGAGGGGGAGUUGAGUGAGAAAUUAACACAUUUCAAUUGAGCUUAUUGAGUGGAUAUUGAGUCUGCUACUUGUGUAAAACAAUCUUUGCUAGCCUUGAUCUCAGUAAAAGAAGUGUUGACUUAGAAACUUGUGUAGCAUU